AAUUGUUCUGUCCAGUGUUCACACUUGAAACAUAACAAGCACUAUCCCGGAAAUCACGUCAAAGGGAGACUCAACUCACUCAGCACUUUCGCCUUGCCCUCCUUCCCUGUCCGAAAUUCCAUUUUGGCUGCUACCCGAUCCCUCUCCUUCUGUUCCCAUCUCCUUCUUAAUUUUCCAAUCAGAAUAAAGAAACUCACUUUCUUCAACUUCUUUCCUUCAGAUUUCUUCCCAGAAAGUUAGAUCAAAAGACAUAGCUUCUAAUUAUUUGUUUUACACAGUAAUUAAUGCCUCUUUUCAAGAUUUGACAUCGCAGAGAAACAAAGAUAGAGACUGAAAAGGAGGAGCUGAUCAAUCAUGGCUGACUCUAGACGUUACCCUCUUGGUAACCAGCUAGAUAUUCAGCAGAUACUGUUAGAAGCACAGAAUCGAUGGCUACGCCCUGCUGAAAUAGUUGAAAUUCUUAGCAAUUAUCAGAGAUUUCGUAUUGCCCCAGAACCCGCACAUAUGCCUCCAAGUGGUUCAUUGUUCCUUUUUGAUCGCAAAGUGCUCAGAUACUUCAGAAAAGAUGGCCAUAACUGGAGAAAGAAAAAAGAUGGGAAAACAGUGAAAGAAGCACACGAGAGGCUUAAGUCUGGAAGCAUUGAUGUUCUGCAUUGUUAUUAUGCACAUGGAGAAGACAAUGAAAAUUUUCAAAGGCGCAGUUAUUGGAUGCUUGACGAGGAACUUUCACACAUUGUACUUGUCCAUUAUCGGGAAGUAAAGGGAACCAGGACAAAUUUUAACCGCAUUAAAGAGUAUGAAGAGCCUAUACCUUAUUCCCAAGAAACCGAAGACAUGAUGCCGAAUUCAGAGAUGGAAACUUCUGUUUCUUCCAGUUUCCACUCUAAUGGUUACCAGGUACCCACAGGAACGACAGAUUCGACAAGCAUGAAUAGCGCUCUGGCAUCAGAAUAUGAAGAUGCUGAAUCAGGAUAUAAUAACCAAGCCAGUUCCAGAUUUCACUCUUUUCUCGAAGUGCAAAGGCCAGCAAUGGAGAAAAUGGAUACAGGCACAUCUAUUCCUUAUGAUCACAUGCUGUUUUCAAGUGGUUAUCAAGGAAAAAUGCCAGCUGUUCCUGUGAUGGAAUUUAUCUCACCUGCCCAAGUGGAUACAGCUAAAGACACUAUAGGUACUGAACCAGCAUCCGAGCCCCAGAAAGUCUUUGACUUACCAUCAUGGGAGGAUGUAUUAGAAAAUUGUUCUCGUGGAAUUGAAUCUGUGCCUUUCCAGACAACUUUGCUGUCACAAGUGGAUACGGUGGGAGUCAUCCCUAAACAAGAAGAUAUACUGGAGAAGUUUCUUGCCAAUAGCUUUGAUAAAAGGCAGGGUAUGGUGGGAGUCAUCCCUAAGCAAGAAGAUAUACUGGAGAAGUUUCUUACCAAUAGCUUUGAUAGAAGUCAGGAUAUUGGGAGUCACCUACUUGAUCAAGAAGCAUGGCAGACUAUCGAGGGUGGGUAUUCGCAUCGGCCAAAGUGGUCCUUGGAUCAAAAGUUGCAUCUGGACUCGGAUCUCACUGCUAGGUUUCAUGAUCAACAACUUGAUAGUGGCAACUUUAUCAAUACUUUGGAACCUUUCUGUGCACAGGAAAAUGAUAAUCAUAUCCAAAAUGACCUUCAAAUACAGCCUGCAAAUUCAGAUCAUGGUAUGACCCUAGAGGGGAAAUCCAUCUACUCUACAUCUAUGAAACAGCAUAUUCUGGAUGAUUCAAGGACAGAAGGUUUGAAGAAGCUCGAUAGUUUCACCCGAUGGAUGAGCAAAGAACUUGAAGAUGUAGAUCAGCCACAUUUGCAAUCCAGUUCUGGGACAUACUGGAUUUCGGCUGAAAGUGAAAAUGUGGUUGAUGCUGACAAUCCCUCACAUGGACACCUGGACACAUAUACGCUUGGUCCUUCUCUCUCCCAGGACCAACUCUUUAGCAUUAUUGAUUUCUCACCCAACUGGGCAUAUGCAGGCACAGAGAUCAAGGUCCUAGUCAUGGGAAGAUUCUUGAAGAGCCGAGAAGAAGCAGAAAACUUUAAAUGGUCAAUUAUGUUUGGAGAAGUUGAAGUUCCAGCAGAGAUUAUAGCUGAUGGUAUUCUUCGUUGCACUACUCCUUCGCAUAAGGCUGGAAGGGUUCCUUUUUAUGUUACAUGUUCGAAUAGGGUAGCAUGUAGUGAAGUGCGCGAAUUUGAAUAUAGCCAUGUCCAAGAUAUUACCUAUAACUAUAUUAACAUUGCUACUGAAGAUCUUCAUAUGCGAUUAGCAAAACUGUUGUCUCUGAGCUCUGCCUUCCCUUCAAAAUAUGACUCCAGUGAUGUUGAUGAGAUUUCCCAAUUGAGCAAUAAAAUCAGUUCAUUGCUGAAAGAGGGCAAUGAAACAUGGGACCAGAUGCUAAAGCUUACUUCACUGGAGGGAUUUUCCUCAGAAAAACUAAAGGAUCAGCUUCUUCAAAAGGCACUCAAGGAACAGUUACAUGAAUGGCUUUUGCAGAAGGUAGCUGAAGGGGGAAAAGGCCCUAGUGUAUUAGAUGAGGGUGGCCAAGGGGUGCUACAUUUUGCAGCUGCUCUUGGCUAUGAAUGGGCCCUGGAACCUACAAUAGUUGCUGGUGUAAGUGUCAAUUUCCGCGAUGUUAAUGGAUGGACUGCACUUCAUUGGGCAGCAUCUUAUGGCAGAGAGCGAACAGUUGCUUCCCUAAUCCAUCUCGGCGCUGCUCCUGGAGCAUUAACAGAUCCAACUCCCAAAUAUCCCACAGGCAGAACACCUGCGGACUUAGCUUCUGCUAAUGGACACAAAGGGAUUUCCGGCUUUCUUGCUGAAUCUGCUUUGAGUGCCCACCUAUCUUCUCUGAAUUUGGAAAAGCAGGAUGGUGAUGCUGCUGAAAGUUCUGGAAUACCAGCAUCACUGACAGUUUCAGACUGUAAUGAAACUCCAGUCAAAGAUGCUGACAUACCAAUUGGACUGUCCCUGAAGGAUUCAUUGGCUGCUGUUUGUAAUGCUACUCAAGCUGCUGCUCGUAUUCAUCAAGUUUUCAGAGUUCAGUCCUUCCAAAAGAAGCAGUUAAAAGAGUACGGUGAUGAUAAAUUUGGAAUGUCACAUGAGCGUGCUCUUUCGCUUAUUGCAGUCAAGUCACAAAAGGCAGGACAAUAUGAUGAGCCAGUUCAUGCGGCAAUACGAAUUCAGAACAAGUUCCGCGGUUGGAAGGGUAGAAAAGAAUUUUUGAUAAUUCGGCAGCGAAUUGUUAAAAUUCAGGCCCAUGUACGAGGCCACCAGGUCAGGAAAAACUAUAGGAAGAUAAUCUGGUCUGUUGGCAUUUUGGAUAAAAUUAUCUUGCGUUGGAGACGAAAAGGAAGCGGUUUGCGUGGCUUCAAAUCUGAAGCACUUACUGAGGGUUCCAGCAUGCAAGUUGUAUCUUCAAAGGAUGAUGAUGAUGAUUUCCUUAAAGAAGGCAGAAAGCAAACAGAAGAAAGAUCACAAAUAGCCCUUGCAAGGGUGAAAUCCAUGCAUCAGCAUCCGGAGGCAAGGGAACAGUAUCACAGGCUGCGCAAUGUUGUUGCUGAGAUCCAAGAGACCAAGGCUAUGUAUGAAUGGGCAAACAAUUCGGAAGCGAUGGUUGAGUUUGAUGACCUGAUCAAUCUCGAAACAUUAUGGGACGGGGACACUUUCUUGCCUACAGAUUCUUGAGCCAACCUCGGGUUAUCCUCUUUGAUUAGAUGCUGAAAUUGAUUUGUAAAUGUCCCUAUUGAGUCUCCUAAUUAUAACUGAAGUAGGUUAGGAAUGUGUCAAAUGGAAGCAGUAGUGCUGUAUUGUCCUAGUGAUACUCUCUAUGCACAGUAAUAUGAAUUAUUGAGUUGUAAUAAGAACUGAAGUCAUAAGAGAAAUGGUAUAUUCAUAAACAAA